CUACCACACUCUCUCGUCGAACAAUACCCGCAUUCCCUCAUCAUGAGUGACGAAGUCUACGAGGGUGCCAUUGGCAUCGAUCUCGGCACAACCUACUCCUGUGUCGCCAACUACGAGGGCACCAAUGUCGAGAUCAUUGCCAACGAGCAGGGUAGCUUCACCACCCCCUCCUUCGUCUCCUUCACGAGCGAGGAGCGUCUGAUCGGUGAGGCGGCGAAGAACCAGGCUGCCAUGAACCCGGCCAACACCGUCUUCGACAUCAAGCGAUUGAUUGGCCGCCGAUUCGACGAUGAGACGGUCAGGAAGGAUAUUCCGUCGUGGCCGUUCAAGGUCGUCGACCAGGGCGGCAGCCCCAUGGUUCAGGUCGAGUACUUGGGUGAGACCAAGACUUUCUCGCCCCAGGAGAUCUCUGCCAUGGUUCUCGGAAAGAUGAAAGAGGUCGCAGAGGUCAAGCUCGGCAAGAAGGUUGAGAAAGCCGUCAUCACUGUCCCUGCCUACUUCAACGACAACCAACGCCAGGCCACCAAGGACGCCGGUGCCAUCGCCGGCCUCAACGUCCUCCGUAUCAUCAACGAGCCCACCGCCGCCGCCAUCGCCUACGGUCUCGGAUCCGGCAAGUCUGAGAAGGAGAGGAAUGUCAUGAUCUACGACCUCGGUGGUGGUACCUUCGAUGUGUCUCUUCUGCAUAUUCAGGGUGGUGUCUUCACCGUGAAGGCCACCGCUGGUGAUACCCAUCUCGGUGGUGAAGACUUCGAUGUCAAUCUCCUUGAACAUUUCAAGAAGGAAUUCCAAAAAAAAACCAAAAAAGACAUCUCUGGCGAUGCGCGUGCCCUCCGCCGUCUCCGGACUGCCUGCGAGCGUGCCAAGCGAACGCUUUCCAACGCUACGCAGACCACCGUUGAGAUCGACUCGCUCUUCGACGGUGAGGAUUUCAACGCCAACAUCACCCGUGCUCGCUUCGAGGACCUGAACGCCAAGGCCUUCCAGGGCACUCUGCAGCCGGUUGCGCAGGUGUUGAAGGACGCCAACAUCGCCAAGGACAAGGUUGACGAGAUCGUGCUUGUUGGUGGCUCCACCCGUAUCCCUAGGAUACAGAAGCUCCUCAGUGACUUCUUCAACGGCAAGAAGCUCGAGAAGAGCAUCAACCCCGACGAGGCCGUCGCCUACGGUGCCGCUGUCCAAGCUGGUAUUCUCUCCGGCAAGGCCACUUCCGCUGAAACCGCCGAUCUCCUCCUUCUCGACGUCGUUCCGCUUUCUCUUGGUGUUGCUAUGGAAGGCAACAUCUUUGCUCCCGUCGUUCCCCGUGGACAAACCGUGCCUACGAUUAAAAAAAGGACAUUCACCACCGUCGCAGACAACCAGCAGACUGUACAAUUCCCCGUAUUCCAGGGUGAGCGUGUCAACUGCGAGGACAACACUUCCCUUGGUGAAUUCACUCUGGCUCCUAUUCCUCCCAUGAAGGCUGGCGAUGCCGUCCUUGAGGUUGUCUUCGAGGUCGACGUCAACGGUAUCCUCAAGGUCACUGCCACCGAGAAGACAUCUGGCCGCAGCGCUAAUAUCACCAUCUCCAACGCUGUUGGUAAACUCUCUUCAACUGAGAUCGAGACUAUGAUCAACGAUGCCGCCAAGUUCAAGAGCAGCGACGAGGCUUUCAGCAAGAAAUUUGAGUCUCGGCAACAGCUCGAGUCCUACAUCUCCCGUGUUGAGGAGAUGGUUUCUGACCCCUCCACCUCCAUCAGGCUGAAGCGUGGCCAGAAGGAGAAGAUUGAGUCCGCCCUUAGCGACGCCAUGGCCCAGCUUGAGAUUGAAGAUGCCUCCGCCGACGACCUGAAGAAGAAGGAGCUAGCUCUAAAGCGCAUCGUCACCAAGGCUUUCUCUACUCGCUAGACGAGGCUCAUGAUGUGCGCUUGCGAGGAGACGAUGGCAGGCGCAGCAUGCCAGAACUGAGCUCCGCAGGUUUGGCAGCGGAAUUCCUCUUUGCGGCAUUCUCGAUAGACUUGGCGUUCUCUUUCCUCUUGACGAUGCUCUAUUUCCUUAUGGUUUCCUCCGGCAUUUUGGGGAUGGAAAAGUAUUGUGUGUAUUCGGUACUUUAUGCUGCCUCUGAACUGACGAAUAUGCAACCGACUGAUGUGAACGGCCGAUGUGUCUUAAUGGAUGUCUUGCACAAUAGCCGUCGGGGAAUGGAUAUCUAUGUAACGAUUUGGGGCGGAGGGGGUAGAUAGAGGAUUAGGGUGGAG